UUUUCAAGUUAUAGUCAGUGAACUCUGAAACCCUUUUGCCCUCUCACUCAGUAUCUUCACUCACUUCACAUUACAGUGUGUGCAGAACAACGCAAUGUUGGGUGGAGCAUUGAUUUCCAAAACCUUCACAAACUUGUUCACCCCUUUCCCAUUCAUUUCCAGAACCGAAAUCAAAACCAAAAAUCCAACCACUAACCUCACUUUCCCUUCAACUGCUUGCCGCUGUAGCUCCGCCGUUCACCUUCCGCCGACCACCACCGCCGCCGAGUCACUGUCUCCGGGUCAAUCCCGAGUUGACAUCCUCGCGGAAUCGCUCCCCUUCAUCCAGAAAUUCAGGGGCAAGACCAUCGUCGUCAAGUAUGGCGGCGCCGCCAUGAAGUCCCCUGAGCUGCAAGCUUCUGUAAUCAACGACCUCGUCCUCCUCUCCUGCGUCGGCCUUCGUCCUGUCAUGGUUCACGGCGGCGGCCCUGAGAUCAACAACUGGCUCGGCCGCCUCAAUAUUCAGGCUGUCUUCCGCGAUGGCCUCCGCGUCACUGAUGCUGAAACCAUGGAGAUCGUGUCCAUGGUACUGGUAGGCAAGGUUAAUAAGACCCUCGUCUCGCUCAUCAACAAGGCUGGAGCCACCGCUGUUGGACUCUCCGGAAUGGACGGCCGCCUCCUCAUGGCGAGGCCCAGCCCUAAAGCCUCUGACCUAGGGUUUGUCGGCGAGGUGGCCAGGGUGGACCCUGCAGUUCUCCGGUCGCUGAUUGACAGCAACCACAUUCCGGUGGUGACGUCCGUGGCGGCGGAUGAGUCCGGGCAGCCGUAUAACAUCAAUGCGGACACGGUGGCCGGAGAGUUGGCGGCUGCGCUGGGGGCGGAGAAGCUGAUUCUGUUGACUGAUGUGGCGGGGAUUUUGGAGGAUCGGAAUGAUCCGGAUAGCUUGGUGAAGAAGAUUGAUAUAAAAGGGGUGAAGAGGAUGAUGGAGGAUGGCAAGGUUGGUGGUGGCAUGAUUCCGAAGGUGAAUUGUUGCGUGCGAUCGCUCGCGCAAGGUGUUACUACAGCCAGCAUUAUUGAUGGCAGGGUUCCACACUCUUUGUUACUGGAGAUUUUAACUGAUGAAGGUGCUGGAACUAUGAUCACUGGUUAAUUUUUGUUUCUUCUUCAUUGUAUAAACAUGUGCUUCCAAUGUUGUAUGCACUUGUUUUUUGUUGGAUUCAUGAUUUGAUUAUGUGAAUCAUGUAAAAUGGAAAAUACUAAGGUUUUGGAUUAAUUUAGGGGAUGUUGGUUUUGAAAGGAUUGCUCUCCAUUUAUAUUAGAUUGGAUGUUCUUAUUUAUUAGA